AUGGACAAGAAGAAGAAGAAUGGCGCCGCCGGCAGCAGUAGCACUGAGGGCAAGGACAAGGACCGCCCUUCCGAGGGCGACGCGUCCACGCCCAGGCCGGUCAAGGCUACGCCCCUCCGGCCGAGUAAUAAUGGCGAGAGGUCCAAGGCCAGCGCAACGCCCGGCAGCGAUAGAGACAGCAGCAGCACCACCACAAAGGCGCAGACGCAUACGCCAGAUGACACGACCAGACAAGGCCCCCAAAAGAAGAGGCGCAAGGUCACGCAUGCAUGCGUAUAUUGCCGUCGAUCUGCAAUUGGCUAUCGUCCGCGUGGUGGUGGGGCGCACAUUGUUGCUCGUGCCGAGAGUGACAGCACAGCAUGGCUGCCCAAUGUCCCACGCACAUAG